AUGGUACUAGAUAUGCUAUUCCAUCUCUCUUUUUCUACAGAUAGCUGUGCCUCAAACACAUUUCGCAGAGCUCCGUUAACCUGUGAUCUAACACUUCAGGUCUCUAUCAUUGCAGAAUAUCAACUGGAUUCCCAGCCCUUGAGUCCGUGUGAGCUGAAGAGAGAGAAUGCCAUAGCUCAAGGAGAAGACUACAUCCCUCAGUGCCUGGAUGAUGGAAGAUACAGAAACAUGCAAUGCUCCAAAGAUGGAAACAUCUGCUGGUGUGUGGAUGCAAAAGGCCACAAGAUUACCAGCACCAAACAAAGCAGUUCAGCUGUUUCCUGUUUGUCUUCAUGUCAGCUCCACCGACAGCAGGUGUUCCAAGAUGUCGAUGUUAGCUACACCCCUCAGUGUUCAGAUGCCGGCGAGUACGAGGAAGUGCAGUGUGAUUCCUUCGCUAAGGAGUGCUGGUGUGUGGAUGCAGAUGGAAUGGAGAUAUAUGGAACUCGACAAAAUGGAAAACCAGAACACUGUCCUGGCAACUGUGAAGUAAGAAAUCGCCGUCUUCUUCAUGGCUUUGGAGAGAAGUCGCCCCCUCAGUGUAACCCAGAUGGCAGUUUUCUCCCAGUCCAAUGCAAAUUUAUCAACACAACUGACAUGAUGGUCUUUGACUUGCUUCAUACAUUUAGCAGGUUUCCAAGUCUGUUCCAGACAUUCAGUAACUUCCGCAGGGCAUUUCCUGAAGUUUCCACUUACUGUUUUUGUGUAGAUAGCCGAGGGAGAGAGCUUCCAGGUACAGGUCUUGAGUUACUGCUAGAUGAGGUUUAUGACACCAUAUUUUCUGGAUUUGAUUUGGGUCACUCUUUCACGCAGUCCAACAUGUACCGCAUUCUUCAAAGACGCUUUCUUGGAGUACACUUGGCUAUGAGUGGGAGAUUCCGAUGCCCAACUAAGUGUGAAGUUGAACGAUCCAUAGCAGCACGAGCAAACAAUACUUUUUGGCCUACCUGUAAUGAUGAUGGAAGCUACAAACCCAUGAAGUGCUACGGAACAAACUUGUGCUGGUGUGUCGACCACAAUGGAAAAGAGAUUGUUGGCUCAAGGCAGAAUGGAGGACCCUUUUGCUCUUUAGGGAAUACUGAUUGCCUGACAGAGAGAAGACAGGCACUUUCCCAAAUGUUUUUUGGACCAGUUGGUUUCUUCAGCCAAGACAACAUAUUGUCCACCCCUGAUGUGACACAGGAAAACCCAUUCAAGCUCUACAGUUUUUGCAACCCUGAGUUAAGAGAGCUUGUUCUGAAAUCAGGACUCUUGGAUGCUCUUUCUGAAUUUAACAAACCCACUAUGAAACAUGUGUUUUCUGAGGUCAUUCAAGGUCUAUUCCCAUCUACAAAACUGGCUCUCAAAGCCCUAAAACUGACCACCAAUCCAAAGAGACUUCAAGAGAAUCUUUUUGGGGGGAGAUUUUUGAAAAAUAUUGGCCAGUUCAACUUCAGUGGGGCAGUAGGUUCCAGGGGAACAUUCAACUUUGACAUUAUUUUUAAACAGGUUGGCAUGACAGCAGACGGCACAACCUUUGAUCAGUUGGCCAAACUCAUCUCCUCAGAUGUCAAGCCAAACAGUUUACAUCUUGACCGGCAAGUCAGAGAUGAGUUCGGAAAGGAUGUAAACUUGCUGACAAAUCAGAACUUAAUUAAUAUUAUUGGGUCUGUUUUGGAGAAUGAGCAGUUUUUUAUAACUUUACGCCAACUCCUGUUUUCCUUCAAGGCAGGAGAGGAGGACCAAUUAGAUAUUUUUUUCCAGCUGCUUUUCCAGAAUUUUGACACCAAUGCAUGUGAUAAAAAGGAACCUCUCUUUGUUCCUCGUUGUAGUCAGGAUGGACUUUACGAGCAGAUUCAGUGCAUGGGAAUGGAAUGUUGGUGUGUAGAUUCACAAGGAAAGGAGAUUCCUAUGUCUCGUACACGGGGGAAGAAGCCUCACUGCCCAUCCACAUGUGAGAAGGAACGUGAAAAGGCCAAGUUGUCUCUGGCUAGCCAAGCAGCAGGCUCUGAUAUAUUCAUUCCAAAAUGUGAAGCUGAUGGAACCUUUAAAUCCUUUCAGUGCUUUGGGAAGAACUGCUUCUGUGUCGACAGAGAAGGAAUGAGAUUGACUAGAGCAACAUCGAGAAAAUCAUCAAAGUGUCCUUCAGCCUGCCAGAGAGAAGCUGCUCAGCACUUUUUAAGAAAUGCAAAACUUUUAUUAUCGAAGCCCUCUUCCUUGUCCCAAAUCUCUGAUAUCUACAUCCCACAGUGUAAUGCUGAUGGAAGCUGGCGAGAUGUGCAAUGUAAUGGGCCUCCUGAACAAUCUUUUGAGUUCUACAACAAGUGGGUUAGGGAAAAUAAUGGAAACAAAGAGCUUCCGGUAAUGGAUGUCAUUGAGACAAUUAGGAAAUAUCUGAUGGUGCCAGACAUUUUUACCAGCUUUAAAGCUUUUGUCAGAGAACUGUACACCACCAGCACAUACAAAGUUUUCUCCGUUUUUUCUGACUAUGCAACCUUUAAUAAUGUGCCAUCUGAUUUCUUUAAUGGUACCAAUGAUUCCCUUUCAAACAACUCUGUGUUCCUGAAUCCCUAUUCUUUCUGGAGUCUGUUGACUGGGAAUUUCACAUCCUAUCCUGGGGACUACUCUGAUUUUAGUGUGCCUUUGAGCCACUUUCCACUCCGCCAGUGUUGGUGUGUUAGUAAAAAUGGGAAAAUGAAACCCGGAACAAAAACUCCAGCUGACAGGAUUCCAAAAUGUCCUGGACCAUGUUCUGAAGCUAGCCAGCAGGUGGCAGUGUUUCUCCAGCAAGCAGAAGAGAUCAUGCGUGUGUCCAGCACAUCUAAUGUGCCAUUUAGCUAUGGGUUUCUAUUGGCCAGUGGGCUUCAGUUCACUUCAGAUGAAAUUAUAGAUCGUGUUGGCACCCUCACAUCAGGAAUAAGCCUCUCUGAGUGGCUACUCAGUGACAGGGACUAUGCUUUUCAACUUGCUGCAUACACAACUUUUACUUUCUACAGAAAGAUGUCUUAUCAAAAUGAUGCCCUAACAUACCAGCCCUACAUGCCCCAGUGUGAUGGCCUUGGCUACUGGGAGCCGAUGCAGUGUCACGAGAGCACAGGUCACUGUUGGUGUGUUGAUGAAGAAGGAAGUUACAUCCCGGGUACACUGGUGAACCACCCUGUGAAUGUGACAUAUUGUGGAAGUCCCUGUGUCAGGGCACAAAUGAGGAAACUUCUUUCAGGCUGGAGUCUGUCCACCUCAAGAAGCAGCACUGCAGAAGUAGUGCUACUGUCUCCGUCAUGCCAAGAGAGUGGAGCUUUUUCAGUGUUGCAGGAGCAAAAUGAAGAAGGCGGUGCUGGUUGGUGUGUGCAUCCAGUAACUGGGACAGCUCUUCAACCAGCCUAUCAAGACAUACAUGGAAAUCUGCAGUGUCCUAGUUGGUGUAGUUUAUUAAAGAAGCAAUCACUUAGCAUGGAGGUGGGGACAGGCUUCAUUCCCGAGUGUCAGGACAGUGAUGGCAGCUUCUCUACAGUCCAGUGUGAAAAAGACAGGCAAACCUGCUGGUGCGUCUUUCAGAAUGGGGAGGAGGUGCCAGACACAAGGACUCAAGGACGCGAACCUUCUUGCAAGAGACCAUUUUGCUCGCUACCAUUUAAUGAAUCUGGUCUCCAUAAUGGAAUUGUACUUUGCGAAGAGAAUGACCAGGAGAAGCAGGAGUGUCACCUGGCUUGUCGACAAGGAUAUCAUAAUGUACUUAGUGAAGAUACGUAUCAGUGCAAUGUUACAUCUCGCUCUUGGGUUUUGAAAAUGCCACAUCCUUAUGCCUGCCAAAGACAGCAAAUGAGGCAGACUUUUCAUGUUAGUGCCAAUGUGCAGUUUCAGAUUUCUAAAGAGAAGACAUGCAACACGGAAAUUUCCGCUUUAAAGUUUUCUCUUCUUGAUCACAUGCAUGCAAAUGGCUUCUGUCACCUCCAGAUCAACAGCUUUGGCCGACACCAAACUAUCUCAAUUUGUGAUAACUCAACAGUGACUAUAAAGUGCAGUGGAGCAGAUCAAUUAACAAUGAUGAUAACCUGGAGGGCUCAACGCAGGAAUAUUCCCAUCAACUUUUUGCCUGACUUAAAUGAUAUUGAGAAUGUCUUCAACAGUGGAAACCUGGCUGAGCGUUUGGUCACUUUUCUUAAAAAUAAUUCUCACCUACUUUUCAUUGGUUCUGAGUCGAUCCUGGUUAAUAUCACUGUCGGUAACACUUCUGCAGUCCAGCUGGGAUGUUUACUAGGAUACAAAAUGACCUUGGGCAUUAAAGGAUGUGCAAUAUGCCCAGCAGGAACCUUUUUCAGUGGAGAUGCCUGCCUCACUUGCCCACUUGGCUCCUAUCAGGAUAAGGAAGGACACAUUUCCUGUAAAAAAUGCCCGGCAGGAAGAAUAACUGUCUUCACCGGCUCCUUCAAAGCCACACAUUGUGUAACUAGUUGUCUUGCCAACAAUUUAGGCCUUCAGUGCAACGAGAAAGGAGAAUACAAAGCAAGUCAAAAAGACAUCAACUCUCAAAAAUGGUUCUGUGUUCAAGAUAAUGGAGAAAAGCUGGAGUGGACUGAAAGUAUGAUGGCUUACACAGAGACUCAGUGCCAAGAGUUACGGAGGUUUGAAGACCUUUCUCCACGGCAGUGGACUUUGAAUGCAGAGGACUCUUCAAUUCUGUUCUCCAAAUCCUCUAAUGAUAAUAUCAGGUUUCUUCUUCCCCAGUGCAUCUCAGAAUGUACACAUAAUUAUUCCUGCGGUUAUGUUGCUGUAUUCAGUGAUGGGCCCACAGCGAUCUGUGACCUGUAUGUCAGUGAUGGAAAUAAUGUCAAGUGUACAGCCACUGAAAAGGUGAAUGGCUUUCUGGGAAAUGCGGGGGUGGAAAGUUAUCAAAGCCUGAGUUGCACAGUCAAAGUGAAGAGCAAAAUGAGAGAAGAUCUUGUAGUUUAUAGGAAAAAAGGUCAUGAAUUCACCACAGGAACCCAGAAAAUAUUUCAGAGAACAAAUUUUAGGAAGGCAGCCUCAGGAGUAUACAAGGUGGUCGCCUUUGUUGUGGAGCUGUCUGCUUUGUCUGAUGUACACCAUUUCUGUCAAGCAGCAUGCACAGAGGACACCUGCUGUGAUGGAUUCAUUCUGAAUCAGAAUGUUGUGAAUGGAGGUACAAUCAUGUGUGGGCUGCUUAGUUACCCAGAAGCCUUACUCUGCAGUGAUCAAGACUUCAACCAGAGUCCUGGAAGUAAUUUGUGUGGAAGAGAAAUAAAGUAUAAUAAAGAGAAAAAAGAAUUUGUGUUCAGCUUGGGAGAACAGAACUUUACUAUUACUGAUGCACUUUUACCAGCAGCAAGCAAGAAUGAUACAAAUUACCAGGCAAAUCUAAUCAGCUUUCAAAGAGUUUAUAUCUGGAAGGAUUCCAACAUGAAUAUGCGAUCUUCUGCUGCAGCGAACUGCAUGAAUAUCAUGUUUCAAAAUAGGGAGACCCUGAAAAUACCAGAAGAUGCGAGAGAGACUUUCAUAAUGUCAGACAGUAGUAUAUUUCAUGUGGACCCACAGCUAAAAGUUUCAAGCCAGGAAUUCUGGAUUUUUAAACAUGAAUAUUCAUCUCCAGAGUUGGCACGGCUUUGGUGUCUUACACGCUGUGAAGAAGAAGACUUCUGUAAAUUAGUAGAUCUUCAAGACAGUGACCCUUCCUAUUUCACUUGUACUUUGUAUCCGGACACUCAGGUCUGUGGUUCAUACAGUAAAUCCUCCCGGGAGUCCUGCAGGCCCGUACUUCCUUCCCAACCACAAACAACUUACAACAAGAAAUUGAGUCUAAAGGGAAGUGUUAAAAACUUCUACAGCCGUCUGCCUUUCAAAAAGCUAGUGGCAUACUCAGUGCGACUUAGGAUCAAUCAGACUGGGAAGACUCUUUCUGAAGGGUUUUUUGAAUGUGAACGGCACUGCGAUGAAGAUUCCUGCUGUAAGGGAUUUGGGUUCAUUAAGGAUCUUCAGACUUCAGCAAAGGAAGUGCUCUGCCUGAUUCUGAACAGCAUUGGAGUUCAGACUUGCCCUGAAAGUGAGCAGUCCAGCUGGAGGGCUUUACCGUGUGAGGUUUCCAACAUAGAAUCUGAAAUUUAUCCAUUUGGUUGGUACCAAAAACCAGUAAAUCAGUGGAAUCACAUUGCAUCAAUGUGUCCUCCAUUUACUCUUCCUUCUCCAUCCUUUAAUGUUACUGGAUUCACUUGGAAGCGUCUGGAGACAUCUUCCAUUUUAAUUGACCCCAACCUCUCACACUUUGACAUUAUACAUAUAAGCAAAGACCUUGUUGAUAACCUCACUACUGUUAAAGAAUGGUGCUUGUCAGCAUGUACAUCAUCCCCAUCUUGUGUGACUGUCUCCCUGGAUAUGAAGCAGCCUGCCUUUCAUUGUGUUCUGUACCCUCAGACACAAGUCUGUAUUCCAAACUCACAUUUCCAGCUGGAGUGUAAAUCUCUGCUGAAGGAGCCUAGUGAAGAAGUCUACUAUAGGACAGUGUUGGAUCCACCCCUGACAUCAGUUAACAUCACAUCUCAUGGCACAUUAAUUGGACGGUCCCAGAUGGUACCAGUUGGCUCAGACUGGAAAACAGUCGGUCAGUUUUUGGGAAUCCCAUAUGCUGAGCCCCCUACAGGAGUGAAUAGGUUCACCGGUCCACAGCCUCCCAAAUGGAGAGGGAUAUGGAAUGCCUCAUUUAUUCGGCCCAGUUGCUUACAGCCUGGAGAUCAGAAGGACCAACUUCUCACUUCAGACGAAGACUGCCUGUACUUGAAUGUAUUUAUGCCCAGCAAUACUGUAAGAAAUUCUUCAGUCCUUGUUUUCUUUCACAAUCCUGCAAGAGAGCUGAAUGGAGGGAACAAUUUAAUAGAUGGUUCUUACCUGGCAGCACUCGGCAACAUUAUUGUUGUAACUGCAAACUUCAGAAUUGGAGUGUUUGGAUUUCUUACCACAGCAUCCACACAGGCAAAUGGAAACUUUGGCCUCCAGGAUCAAAUUGCGGUCCUAAAAUGGGUUCAAAAGAACAUUGCCAGUUUUGGUGGUGAUCCUGGAUCAGUGACGCUGGCCUCGGAUCGAAGUGGAGCAGAUAUUGCUGGAUUGCAUCUGACAUCAGUGAUGAGCACCAACCUCUUCCAAAGAAUUCUCCUCAUGGGUGGUUCUCCCUUCUCUCCAAGUGCUGUCAUCAGCCUAAAUCAAGCAGAAGAAAGGGCCAUCACUCUGGGGAAAGAAGUUGGCUGUUUCACUUCAUCCUCCAAGGAGCUUGUUUCCUGCCUAAAAGAUGUGCCAGCUGUUCAGCUGAAUGAAGCACAGACUAAACUGUUGGCAGUCAGCAGCCCAUUUCAAGCAUGGGGCCCAACUGUUGACGGAAUAACUGUGCAAGAACCACUAUCAGUGGCUUUCCAGAAUGGCCGCUUCCAGAAGGUUGACCUGAUGAUUGGCACUUCAUCAGAGGAUGGUCUUAUUAGCAGAGCAAAGAAAAUCAAGAAAUUUGAAGAGCUUCAAGGGAGAGUCAACAGUAAGACAGCAUUUUAUGCAGCUUUGACAAAUGCUCUGGGUGGAGAGAAUAACAACACUUUCGUCCAUGAUGCAGCAACUUGGUUUUACUCAAUGGCCCAUUCUGUGACACCCGCUGGCUACAACCUCUUCUCACGGGCCUUAGAAAAUGCCACACGGGACUACUUUAUUUUAUGUCCAACAAUACAAAUGGCAAAGUUUUGGGCAGAAAAAACCAGAGCUAAUGUUUUCAUGUAUAAUGUGCCAGAAAGUGUUUCUCAAACCAGCAUUGACAUCCCUGUGACGCUGGACCUGCAGCUGGCAUUCGGCCUGCCACACAGUCCACAAACCAGGCACCUGUUUAAUGCAAUGGAAAGGCGACUCUCAUUACAGAUGAUGCUCUACACUUUACAUUUUAUUAAAUCAGGGAAUCCAAACUAUCCAUACACUUUCAGUAAAAGGUCCUUUAGCGACUUCUUGCCUGCCUGGCCUGCAUUUGUGCCUCAUCCAAACGGAGAUAACUUCAAAGUGCUUGAUGACUCCCUUAACAAUGGCAAAGGUCUGAGGAAAGCUGAGUGUUCCUUCUGGGCUGAUUACAUCCAAACCCUAACGACUUCUACUAGUAGGCUCAUCAAGACUGAACUGGAUGUCGAUGAUAUAAAUCCAACAGGUGGAUCACCAUCUUCUAGUAAUUUCCAGGCUCCAAUCACAAAGAAGAAAGGUGAUUUGGAGAAGGAUGCUUACAACUAAUUGUCGACUCUUUCUGUGCAGAUUCAUGUAUUCACGGUAGAAAGUGAAGCGAUGGCAAUGUUCCUUAGGCUUUUCUUCACAGAGCAUCUCGUCUGUUUUUGUUAAUUGUCGUCUUAUUCUCAUCAAUGUACAAUUAAUUAUACAUCAGGAGCAGCCUGUCUGUAAGACAAUCAAUAAAAACCUGCA